AUGCAAAGACCACGCAAGUUCAUGAUCUUCAAUUCGCUGAGCGGUGAUGACGAUGAUUUGAUGACCGAGUUGAAUCCUAAAAUCUCUACACCAUCACUCUCGCCUGGUAGAAAUCGACUGUCUCCUCUUACAUCCCCUCUUUCUCCACACUCUCCUACUCAGAGUGCAAUCUCACAACUGAGUAUUGAAAAGAUGAAGAACUCCUUGUACAAUAUUGUGAUGGGGCCAAUAGAUAGCGAUUUAGAUCAAAUUACAACCAUCGGAAAGGACAUUCCACGACUGCUAGGACGUAUCACUGUAAAUGAUAACAUUAAAUUUAAUCAUCAGACCAAUGAUGAUCCGAAAAAUGUCACAAGCAGUUCCACACUUACAACCACGACCACCACUCUAGAGGUUGUUGAAAGAAAGAAACGAAUUGGAGAAUUUUUAAUUGUUUUAGCGAGAGAAAUACUUUUACAAAAUUCACCUGAAUUGGCACAAUCCAUUGGAGAAACGUUAAUGCAGGAAGUUGAUUUGGAAUUACACUCCACACUUACACAAUAUGUAGUUGAUGCAUUUGGAAUGAAUUGUCCAGUAAUUCAGGUGUUGCGGAGCAUGACGCAAGAUGGAGCAGCACAACCAAUAGUUUACAUGAAAAUGAAAGCAAAAGAACAGCUUGGACUUGAAUAUUAUGAUGGAAAACGUUGGAAAAUUAAUGUUGCUGUGGUCACAAAGGAUUACGAACAAACAGUAACUGUCACACACACUAGGCUCGAAAAGAUUGUUGGAAGAAAUACAGAAGGGCAUAACGAAUUAAUCUGUACUUUUACAUGGCAAAUUAUAUUUUCUUUUUCUCGUUUCAUAGAUCAAGAGAAAAUUAUUCAAGCAAAGAAUAUCCAGGAAUUAUCUGUAACUGAUUAUCGAAAAGAGAAUAGUUUUUUACUCAACUCAUUAUGCUUGAAAUUUGGUGAAGUUGAACAAUUUAAUGAUUCAUCAACUGUUGCCAGCUCAGACAAUUCUCUGUCGAAGGAAGCUUGGAGUCAGAAAAUUUCAUCACUUUACAGACUCGGAAGAAAUCGAAUUUAG